GCAUCAGUUUUCUUGUUCAUCCAUCCGUCCGCUUCUGCGGUUUAUCUCGUUAGCGUGGUAUGCAUGUGGCUAGCAUGUAUGUUUUUGGAUAGUUACAGACAACUACGUAAAUGAUACAGUUGCAGUAUCAUGGCAGAAGAUAAUUCAGAUAAAGUUGAGACGAAAGCUGACCCUUACAUAACGCGUUUACCCAGUGGCCGAAGCCUCUACGACGCACAGUCCAAAGAGAACCGAAGCUUCCUGCGACCGCAGGGGCAAAAGUCAUUCUUAGAUGUGGGAUCGUGGCUGGAAGAAAAGCAGAUCGAGUCACUCUGUCAGGAGCGACACGAGCUGUUGUCAGAAGUGCGAGCACAGAAACUGAACGAGCUGGCAGUUGCAGAAUGGGACUCGGACAAAAAAGCUGUUAUUUUGGUUCAAAAUAAGCGGCAUAUUUUAGAAUGCAUGGGAAAGUCGCGCGGCGACGAAACUACGCUGCAUCGGCUGGAAGCACUCUUCCUGUUGGACUCGUGUCAGCUUCAACUGCUGCGAAGUGGACUUCCGCUGAGCAUGGAGGAAGCGUACGAGCUGUUGCUCGAGGACGAUGAUGACCCGGAGCGGUACCAGGUGUACGCCCAUCUGAUUAGGGGCGGAUACACUGUUGUGCCUCACCAAGGAAGGAUCAACAUUUCGGCGUACGAAAAAGCGAUAGGCCUCAAUAGGUACAAGAUGCAAAAGUCUCGUGUCGAAGUGUCGAGGAGUGACUCGGACAGUGAUAUUGUGUGUUUAGACGACGAGGAGCUCGCGAACGACGCAGAAAAUCAAGAAUGCGAAGGGGAAGAAGAGUCCUCCGAUUCCGAGAUCGAAGUCCUCGACGUUAUUCCAGCGAAGCAGCCUAAAUUAGAACGCAGCGAAUCGGGAGAAAGUGUAAAUAGCAUCGAACAGACCGGUGCGCAAACCAUAGACGACGACCCUCCGUCAACUGUACAGAACGGAACGGACGACGCGGACGUCGUCUUCCUCUCAAGCUCCCAGUCAACGCAUCGGCCGUGCCCUCAGCUCUGCGACGGACGGACGAUCGGUGACUGUGUUGUGGUCGAGCUCAACAAAAGACCGACCCUGUUCCUCGAUUUCCCAAAGUUCGACGGUCGCGGCGCGACGUUGAACCCUCCUCCGCCGCACCUCCUUCCGCAGAGGGUGGCGCCGUCAAAAGACAGCUACGUCCUGGACGUAGACGUCAUGCAGCGAGAGUGCAGAGAGAAAUCUUUCCACGGAAGGACGACGAGUGCCAGAGAUAACGCGUCGAGUUGGAGACGGAACUUCCACCGAGAAGAGAGCCGGGGCCAAUGGAGGGCCCAGUGGACAAACGAACACGCAAGGUACGGCAGAUCGUCGUACCGCUGGGAACGUUCCUCGGAAGACAGUUGGGGGGCGGGGCAGAGCAACUGGCACCACGGACGCGACUGGGGAAACAGAGAAUGGGGACGUGGACAUCGUGGGAGGGGCUGGUACCGUGGGGCAGACAGGGGAAGGGAAGGGGAUUGGCAUCGUGGGGCGGAGAGGGUAAGAGAUUGGCAUUGUGGCUCGAUUGGGGGCCACUGGCAACAGGAGCAGCAGUGGUGGAGACAAGACACGAGGGAUUCCCAUCCGAGAGAAAGCCGUAACCGGUCGCAUGGCGAUCACGCCCCACCUCAUGGUCAUGCCCCAUCUCAUGGUUACGCCCCACCUCAUGGUCACGCCCCACCUCAUGGUCACGCCCCACCUCAUGGUCACGCCCCGGCAGAACAUCACACCCCACGGCAGCCCUCAUCCAACUGGUCUCGCGAUAGCAGACGGUGGUCCGCGGCGUCAACGUCGAGGUCUCGUUCCGGUGGAGCGGCUAGCGAGGACGACGCGUACAUCUCCCUUAUCCCCAAACUGGAUUCUUCCGUCUCCACGUGGGCGGAGUUGAAAGCCGAGGCAAGCCGCAGGCUGAAUGUCUCUACGCUGGCUAACGGGGAAGGAGCCGUGCUGUGGAGAGGGAAGGUCAAGCCUCUCGUCAUGCCCUCAAAUGACCUGUCGAUUACUGGGAUCAUGUCCCAACUAGCAGUCACAAAAGAGGUUGAUCUAGUCCAUGGGAGGAACGAGACAGGCACAGAACCCAAGACAGAUCUCAAGAUCGACUUCGACGUGUACGUGCCCGGCAGCAUUUUCAGAAAGAGCGACCCGACCUUACCGGAACACAGAGUAGUUUAUAGAAGAAUAGAGGACGGACCUCCGACCCUUUCUGACAUAGCUGCCUUACAACGGCCCCUUGCAGACGACGUCCCUCUUGUGUUUGCAACUAUAGAUUCAGGAUCCUGCUUAUUGUAUUCCAUCGAUAGUGUGUCUGUCCCAAAUUUUGCACCGAAAACUUGACAUGUUUCACCAUGCAGCUCCAUCAGUACAAAGAUUCAUGUUUCGCCUGCUGCAAUCCUUCAUAAUUCAUGAAAUAAUUGUACAUAUGAACGUCAUUUGAACGUGGAUGCAGUGUAUUGUAAAAGUUAAUUUACCAGAACUGGAUUUGUUGUAUUUGUUCUUGCUAUGUAAAUUUCACAUGUAAAUAAUAAAUUUUCUGGACAACUGCA